ACUCCAGAGUUUCCUGAACUGCUCCCUGGCGUGCUCCUCUCCUGGCUCUCCCUCUCUGUGCUUCUCCCCCCUCGAUCGGCGGCUCCCUGCGUGGACAUGAAGCUCCCAGUGCUCCUCAUGCUCGGGGGGAUCCUACUGGAACUUCACACCGGUGUCUGCCAGCAACCAAAGCGUAGAGAGGACCUGGGUGAGAACCGCAUCCGGCCUGGACGAAAGAGGACGAAGGUCAAGUACCCCAAACUGAAGGAGAAGGAGAAGGAGAGUGGAAAGGCUGGGUCCAUCCUCACACAGGUUUUGGACAAGGGUCGCUUCCUGCGGCUUGGAGAGACCCUGACCCAAAAUCCUGGAAAAACCCUUGAGCUGCGAUGCAAGGGCAGCAAGAUCGGCUGGGCCUACCCCUCCUAUCUGGACACCUUUAAUGACACUCGACUCACCAUCAAGCAACAGGAGAAGUUUGGUCAACUGAUCCUGACGUCGCCCUCUGCUGCUGACACAGGGGAGUACAGCUGCUGGCCAGUUCUGUGUGAUGGAAAUGAGUGUGAGAAGGACCUAGACCGCACCUCAGCCACUUACAUCUAUUUCACUGACAAAGAUGAGUUAUUUGUUCCGUCGCCGAUACACUUUGAGAUUGUCUACAUGCGGCCUGACAAGCCUGCCAUGGUCCCCUGCCGGGUGACCAGCCCAGGCACUGAGGUGUCCCUGCACAGAGAGGUGCCCCCAGAGGUCAUCGCAGUGGACGGGACUGCCAUCUCCUACAACCCAACCAAGGGUUUCAUCCUGCAGAACCCCAGCUCAGAGUACCAGGGCGCCUUCUACUGCAAAGCUGCCACCAAAUCCACACCACAGAUCUCUACCAAGUACAUGCUGCUUUAUGUGGAGGUUCCGAGUGGCCCCCCUUAUGCCACUCUGGAGGCCUCAGCUGAGAGCAUACGUGCAGGGGACACCUUCAACAUCACCUGCACAGUCCUGGGGGAGCCCGAGAUCGAUGUGAACUUCAGCUGGAGGUUUCCAGGCCAGGACAUGCGUCCAGUUCUCAUCCACAACGAAUGGCGGCUGAUGAACAGGGGACCUAGCCACACAACUCGCAUUUCCACCAGUGUCAUCACUGUGGAGGAUGUGGAGGAAUCUAUUGACUUUGGAAGGUACAUCUGCACAGCCAAGAACAAGCUUGGGGAGACAUCUGUGGCUAUGAGUAUGAACUAAAUGAGUAUAAACUAAAUGAGUAUGAACUAAAUGAGUAGCUUCUAUACCUUUUCUAAACAACUGAAAGUCAGUGACAGGGAUACUACUCUUUAUGUUGGGGCAUUGACAAAUGCAACAAAAAUGAAAACAAUGAAAAGCAAGUUAUUUGGCAUAAAUAUUUCAAUUUUCUCACACAACUUGAUCUUAAAUAUCAGAUUUAGAUGCAUUCAGUUUAUAAUUUUGUGUGUAUGUUCAUUUAACUAAAGUGCUUUCAAAUCAUUUUUUUUUGUAGAUUGUUGCAUUUGUGUUUCAAACAUAAAGGUGCUGUUGCACCUUGGUUGUUUUCAUGUUAUCAAACAUUAUUUCAGCAUAAAUAAAACUACCACUCUUUUUGUAAGACACUGGUUUCUGUUAAACCAGUCAUCACCUGUACAUAGAUGGGAAAACACUCUGCCUUGCCUUUAAUGGGUUUCAUAUGUGGAAUGUGCAGCACAGUUCCGUAGCUCAGUUUAGUUCAAGAAUUUUCUCUCCACUUUCCCUCUCCUUCUUCCAAUAAAUAUAAAAUAAAUUCAUUCAUUUAUA